UCAGAGGUAAAGCGAGUGUCCGGACUCAAGCGAUGGCUCUGCUAAUGGAGCACCAGUUCAGGCAGCUGCCAGCCGACAGACAGGUGGAAACAAGACCGUUUCUGGAGGCUGUGUCAUACCUUCCACCGUUCUUUGACUGCCUUGGCUCCACGGUCUUUGCACCAAUUAAAGCUGACAUAUCUGGCAACAUCGCAAAAAUCAAAGCGGUUUUUGAUACCAACCCUGGACGGUUCAAGACGCUGCAGCAGAUUUUGGAGGCAGAGAAGGAAAUGCACGGAGCAGGAUGGCCCAAUGUCGGAGCGACCUUGGCUCUCAUGUGGCUGAGAAGGGGUUUACGAUUUAUCCAAGUCUUCCUGCAGAGCCUCGUGGACGGUGACAAGGAUGAAAACAACCCAAACCUCAUCCGAGUCAAUAUCGCCAAAGCCCAUGAAAUAGCCCUGAAGAAAUACCAUGGCUGGUUUGUGCAGCAGCUUUUCAAGGCGGCUCUUUACGCUGCUCCAUACAAGUCCGAUUUCCUGAAGGCGCUCUCCAAGGGUCGAGAAGUCAAGGAAGAGGAAUGCUUGGAGAAAAUCCGAAAAUUCCUCAUCAACUUCACUGCCACCGUUGAUGCUAUUUAUGAGAUGUACAGUAAGAUGAAUGCCGACGUUGAAUACUCAGUGUGACGUUCCUCUUGCCUCCAGUGAUCUGUGUAGUUCACAAAGUCAUUUACAUGAUGCAGUCAGGAUUGUGCAGACUACAUAUUGACUCGGCUCCCUGCAGGCCAUCUGACGGUUCACCGUGAGAGUGUAUUUGUAUUACUUUGAGUCGUCUUUGCCGCCUCUGGCUUUCUCUUUGUGCCUUUUCCUCAAUGUUGUCUUUCGAUUCUGGGGCAAAGUUUUCUAUUCAGACAAUAACUGCCGGACAUUUAUGUCCAUGGUCAUGAGUCCUCUCUUUCUCAGAUAGGAGAAGGUUUUACCAGAAAAGUACUUCUCACUAAACAAGUGUUUUAAAUCCAGCGAAAGGAUUGUUACAGAAGAAUUAAGAGGACAUGUGAAUUAGAUAGAUAGAUUGCUUUAUUCAUCCCCGAAGGGAAAUUAAGUUGUCAUAGCAGCUGGUAUAUUUGAAUACAAUAAAAUACAAUACAAUAGAAUAAAAAUAUUGAGGUAGGUAGAAAGAAUGAAAACAGAAAAACAAGAUAAAUAGGUAGAUAAGGUGCAGUGGCAAGAUGAUGAUAAUAGUACUGAUGAUAUGAUGGUAAAGUUAUUGUUAGACAGUAUAUAAAAAUAGUAAGUAUAUAUAGUAUACAAUAUAAUAUAACAUAAUAUAUAUU